AUGGAUGUAGCAAAACGAGCUGCAGCAUAUGCAGCUAGUCGGGAAUAUAUCAGAAGCGGUUGUCGACUUGGGGUUGGAACUGGAACUACGUCAAAAUUUGUUGUUGAAUAUAUCAAAGAACAAAUUCAAAGUGGGACUCUAACGGACAUUAAAUGUGUGCCUUCGUCGUACAUGACUCGUAUGUGGUUAGUAGAAGCAGGAAUAAACGUAACAAGUUUUGAAGAAACACCGGAAUUAGACGUUUAUAUUGAUGGGGCUGAUGAGAUCGACAAUAAUUUAAAUUGCAUAAAAGGUGGAUGUGGUUGUUUGGUUCGAGAAAGAAUUGUUCAGUCAACCACAAAAAACUUUAUUAUAAUUGUCGACAGCAGUAAAUUGUCUAAGACGCUCGGUGAAAAAUGUGCAACAGUACCAAUUGAAGUUGUACCUUUCGGCUACGUUCCGGUGAUGAACCGCAUAAUGAAACAAGAGGGCGGCACGUGUAGUCUUCGUAUUUGUGACGUAAAAGGUGUUGAGAAGUUUGGCCCAGUAAUAACGGACAACAACAACUAUCUUCUUGACUGGCAUUUUCCAAAAGGCAAAUUUAUCACCACUGAUGAUUUACUGAAACUACACGAACGAAUCAGCUGUAUUUCAGGUGUAGUUGAUACUGGUUUUUUUAUUGGUGUGGCCGAUAAGGUAUUUAUUGGUUCAGCAGAAGGCUCUGUAACCGAAAUUUUAGGAUCUAGAAAACAGUAG